CAUGCACUGCUUCUGCUCUCCUCUGAAACAUGGACAUGGCCAUUCCAGCCCCAAGAUCUCGAGCUCUAAGUACUCUUUCAUGGCUGCUGCUUAUUUCUCUCUGCAUUUCGCUUAGCGAUUCUGCUUCACUACAGGGAAGUCGACCAAGGCUGGGUGUUCGACGAGGGCACAACAAGCAAAAAAGCGAUCUCUUCAGCCAAUCUCUUGCGGCCAGCUUCGAUUAUAUUAAUCAUGAUUAUCAAACUUUCCAUUACGACCAAACGCUGGAUCACUUCAAUUAUCAGCCGCAAAGUUACGCUACUUUCCAGCAAAGAUACGUUGUGAACUUUAAGCAUUGGCGUGGAGCUCAUGCGGCCGCCCCCAUACUUGCAUACCUUGGCGAUGAGUCUACCGUCGACGGAGAUGUUGGUUCCAUAGGAUUCAUUUUGGAUAAUGUUGGCCCUUUGGGUGCUUUGGAGGUUUACAUUGAGCAUCGCUUCUACGGAAAGUCGAUACCAUUUGGACUGCCAAGAGAAGAAGCAUGGAAAAAUGCCACCCUUCGAGGGUACUUCAACUCUGCCCAAGCUCUUGCAGAUUAUGCAGAAAUAAUCCUGCACUUGAAGAAAAAUUUAUCAGCUGAGGCAUCUCCAGUUAUAGUUUCCGGAGGCUCUUAUGGUGGAAUGCUUGCGGCGUGGUUCCGCCUAAAAUAUCCGCACAUUGCCAUCGGAGCAUUAGCCUCUUCAGCCCCCAUUCUGUACUUCGAUAACCUUACGCCAUCGAAUACAUAUUAUGCCACUGUCACGGACGACUUUAAGGAUGCUAGCGUUAGCUGCUACAAUACCAUAAAGCAAUCAUGGGCUGAGAUCACUAAAAUUGCCGCUAAGCCCAAUGGUCUUUCCAUCCUCAGCAACAAAUUCAAUACUUGCAAGCCAUUGAAGAAGCGAACCGAACUAUUUGAUUACUUAAACAGCCUGUAUUCAGUCUCGGCUCAGUAUGAUAGCCCUCCAGAUUAUCCGGUGAAUAGAGUCUGCCAGGGUAUUGACAAAGGAUCCCAAGGAACCGACAUUCUUGGCCGAAUUGUCUCUGGAAUUGUUGCUUAUGGAGGAGGACAAAAGAAGAAGUGCAAUGACUUGGGAGAGUUCUAUUCUUCAGAAACACUUGAGGGUUGGGACUGGCAGACAUGUAGUGAAUUGGUCCAACCGAUUGGCUGUGGCGCAAAUGACACUAUGUUUUAUGCUCAACCAUUUGAUUACAACGACUAUAAAGAUUACUGCAUAAAAAAGUUUGGAGUUGCCCCUAGGCCCCAUUGGGUCACAACUUACUACGGUGGUCAAAAUAUAAAAAUGAUUCUCAAGAAGUUUGGAAGCAACAUCAUCUUUUCCAACGGCCUUCGUGACCCCUUUAGCAGAGCCGGGGUAUUGGAAAACAUAUCAGACAGCAUAGUUGCCUUGUAUACUAAAGAAGGAUCUCAUUGCUUAGACAUAAUGCCUUCAACAAAAGAUGACCCAGAUUGGUUGGUUGCGCAGCGAAAGAAAGAGGCUGAGAUCAUCAAUGGGUGGAUUCACAAAUACUAUGAAGAUUUGCACAUGAUCAGUUCAUCAUCAUGAUAAUGUACGUGCUGGCUGUAGUACGCUUACGUACUAAUAUCGGAUUACUUACGAUCGAUCAGUUUGACAUUAAUGCAUGCAGUUAUCUCGUGUUAAUUAGUCUUUUAGUAUCGACCAAAUUAUACUGGUAAAUACA